UAAUUAUCAUUUUUUACUAAAAGUUUACCGCAAUUUUUUUUUAAAUUACUGUGCAAAAGUUGAACUAAAGUACCACCUACAUCUGCACGAUGGCAGAUGUUCGAGACAUUCUCGAUUUGGAACGCCCGGUCACACCGGAGCUGACCAAGGAAUCGCUGCUAGCCAAGAACAAGAAGAUCUAUGAGAAAAAACUAGCGGUGAAACGUCCGGAGGGCAUGCACCGGGAGGUGUUUGCUUUGUUGUACAAUGACAACAAGGAUGCCCCACCACUGCUUCCCACCGACACCGGAACCGGCUACAAACAGACGAAAGCUCGGCUCGGCAUGAAGAAGGUUCGCCGCUGGCAUUGGGCACCGUUUGUGAAUCCGGCCCGUUCGGAUGGCGCUGUCUUCCACCACUGGAAGCGUGGCUCCGAUGAACCCAAGGAGUACCCAUUUGCCAAGUUCAACAAGCAGUUGGACAUCCCUAGCUACACCAUGAACGAGUACAAUACGCAUCUGAAGACGAAUCCGACCAAGUGGACGAAGCCGCAAACUGACCACCUGUUCGAUUUGGCCAAGCGGUUCGAUGUGCGGUUCAUUAUAAUGACUGACCGGUGGGAUAGGGCUAACUAUGGGUGCAAGACUGUGGAGGAUCUGAAGGAGCGCUACUAUGAGGUGAUUGGAGUUUUAAACAAAGUUCGUGGAACACCGGAGAAGAAGAUUUACUCGUUCGAUGCGGAGCACGAGCGUAAGAGAAAGGAACAACUGAAGAAGUUAUUUGAUCGAACGCCGAAGCAAAUCGAGGAAGAACAGAUGCUUCUGAACGAGCUGAAGAAGAUUGAAGCACGGAAGAAGGAACGGGAACGCAAGACUCAGGACUUGCAGAAGCUGAUCUCGCAAGCGGAUCAACAGCAGGCAGAACAGCAGCAACAGCACGCUGCCAGUUCCCACAAGAAGCAUGACAAAAAGCUCAAGAAGAAAAUCCAACAGCAACCGCGUCCCUCCAAGGUGGACUCGGUCGUGAAUGCCGUCGAAACGGCCGGGAUCAAAUUUACCGAUUUGCGCGGAACGGGCGUCUCGCUGCGUUCGCAGAAGAUGAAACUGCCCGCCAACGUGGGUCAGAAGAAGGCAAAGGCACUGGAACAGGCACUGCAGGAGUUCAAGGUCGAUCCGAACCCGCCGCCGAUCGAGGAAAUUUGCGUCGCAUUUAACGAGCUGCGUUCGGACAUGGUGCUGCUGUGCGAGCUGCGAACCGCCCUGGCCACCUGUAAUUUCGAGCUGGAAAGUCUGAAGCACCAGUACGAGGCCCUAUGCCCGGGGAAGACGCUGAACAUUCCGGCUGCCCUGGUGAGCCCACCGACGGAGGAUUCCGCGGGAUCCAUCGAUCCGGGAGAUGUUUCCGGACUGGUUUAAGGUAUGGGGGGAUGGUAAGGGGGUUUUUUUUU